CUUCAAUUGAAUGACUGACUUUCAUGGACUUAUGGUUUAAUUACUGAAGAGCAUGCUUGGUCAAGGUACGCUUCUGAAUCCUUUCUUUUUCAAAAAGAAUAAAUCUUUUUAACUAAAAAUAAAACCUUGUCUUUUAUAAUACUCCAAAUUUCAAACCAAUUAAGUCUGUUGUGCUACUGAACAGAAUCUUGUAAUAAGCAGUAGCACUGAAACAGCAUGGCAUAAAUCAAAAGUUAAAGGAUGGAAUAAAAUACCAAAUCUAUAAACUGCGCUUAAACUGGAUGCGCUCAAUUGCUUUCGUUCUGACUGCACAGCGUUCCUUACUUUUACCACUUGGGCUAGCUUAAUGAUUCAAUGAGCAAGGACGCAAAAGAAUCAGCCAGAUUUUAUUUAUUAGAUCUUAUAGACUCUAUUGCAGGAAAGAAAAGCCUGUUAUUAGAACGGGAGUUAUCAGGCAUUUUAGGGCAAGUUAUUACGACUAAUACUCUUCAAGAACAUGGGAUUCCUCAAGUAUUUUGGUUUGACAAAAAUAUUCCUCAAGAAUUAGACCAGAAAGUCAUCUAUUUAUGUCGACCCACGUAUGAGAAUGCCAGAUUAGUUUCUGCUCAUGUUCGGCAACAUCAGCGGAAUAUGAACCAAACUGAAAAUACUGUUAUUUUACUUCCGGAUACAAAUGUUCUGUUUGAGACAGUGCUUCAAGAAGAGGGUGUUUUCGGGGAAUUGGUUAUAAUGGAAUGGUCGCUACACAUGGUACCUUUGGAUGAGGACCUUUUGUCUUUAGAACUGAAACCUGGUGCUAAAGAGGAUAGUUUGCUUAAGUCUUCUGUCAGAGCUCUGGUUAACUUUGAGUCACAUAACGGGCGAUUUCCUCGAGCAUCUGGUCGUGGUUCCAAUUCAGCUAAACUUAUCGAGAUCUGGGAUAAGUGGUACCAAGAAGAAGCUAUAAAUAACGCAAGAAAAGAUGAAGUUGAUUUUUCUACUUCUUAUGAUAGUGUCUUAAUUAUGGAUCGUACAAUGGAUUGGGUAACUCCGUUUCUCACUCAGUUAACAUACUUUGGUCUUUUAGACGAAGUACUAGGAAUCGAUCAGAUGAACGUAAAACUUCCCCCGAACUUAGUAAGUCGAAAUGAAAAUUCGUCUUCCGGAACACACAAGAAAUUCUCCUUAAGUUCAUCGUAUAGUACGAUCACAAAGGAUGUUAAAGAUGUAAACUUCAAUUGCAUUGGCUCCUACUUGGGAAAAAUUGCUCGAAAACUUUCAAGUGAUUAUGAAGGCCGCCGUCAGGCUAAAACAGUGAAUCAGAUUCGCGAUUUUGUGUCGAAAUUGGGUUCUUUGCAGUCAGAACACACUUCAUUAAAUAUACACACUGGACUCGCUGAAUUAAUGAUGCAGCAUGCAAAGAGUAGUACCUUUCAGAAAAUCUUACAAAUACAACAAUCACUUGUUUCUGGCGCUGAACCUUCCAGUCAAUUUCCUUUACUAGAUCAGUUGAUUUAUACAGAUGUACCUGUUGAAGAAGUGUUCCGUAUCCUCUGUUUAGCUAGUAUCGUUUCAACAGGGCUAAAGCAGAGAGAUAUAGAUUAUUACCGAAAAGAAAUUGUUCAGACUUAUGGAUAUAAGAAUUUAUUGACCUUUCAACGUCUAAUUGACGUUGGGCUGUUACGUGUUCGACCCUCAAGCAAUAUUUCUUUGCAAAGGUCUUUCUCAUAUACCACUUGGCUUAACAGCUAUCCAUUGAUUAAUGAAGAAGUUGAUGAACAGCAUCCUUCGGACAUCUCUUAUACCUACAGUGGAUACGGGCCCUUGUCUGUGCAUAUGUCUUAUGAUAUUUUGCAAAACAGAGACAAUCCUGAGAAACUAAGGGAACUAAAAAACCUCCCCGGUGAAUACGUAGAUAGAUGGUUUAAGCAGCAAGAUAAAAAUGUUACUCGAACGUUUACGAGAGGAACGGAUAAAAAGAGAAAAAUCCUUGUUUUUUUCCUGGGAGGCUGCACGUUUACUGAACUUUCAGCAUUCCGUUUAUUGGCUGAUAAAUUUGAAAAUUUCGAAUUUACUUUCAUGACUACAGGCAUGAUUACUGGUGGUAAAGUUGUACAGUCCUUUAUGCCACCUAUCCAAACUCUGAUUGAUGAGUAAUGUCUACUAAUUAAUCGUCUCUAAUAAAAAACAUUGCGAUUGAUUAAUGAAAUAAUGCUUUAAGAAACGCAGAUUUAGGCGACCUUCAGGAAGUCUAUUCACGGAUUCACGACGAUAGUAGUUAAAAAGUUCAUCCUUAGAAGCAAACUAAUUUGAAUAUGAAAACAAGUACUAAAUUCCAUCUGCUAGUUGUCUAUAGUUAUUAUUAUAAUUUGUCUGUCCUAUUGUUUAUAGUAUUAUG